AUGACAUAUAUUCUAUAUGGAAAUCAAACGAUUAUUAUCCAUAGGGGUUCAAGAAAAGUACGCUCAAUAGAUAUUAUUAAUAAACUAAUAAUAUCCAGUUGUAACUCUCGUGGAUUAAAUUAUAAUCCAGCUGAAUUACGUACCAUAUCCACCAGAUGUUGGAGUAAUUUAAAAAAUUACCCUACUCGUUUUCGAAGGCAUUACUCUAGAAUGGCUACUGUAAUUAAUGAUUAUUUCGAAAGAAAUAAUGCCGCUUCAUCUUGUCAGUUAUCAAAUUCUUAUCGAAUAAUACCAUUAAGAAUAUCAACUUCAGACGCAUCACGUUUACAACUCGAACUUAUAAACUUGCCAACACCUAGGUCAUUAGAAGAGGCGGAGACAAUGUUGU